AUGCUUUCCCGCGCAGCCCCCAGAGCUAUGCUCGUCACUCUGCGCCCAUCCAUCCGCACAACAGCACCUACCAGCUCAGCACUGCUCUCGCAAACCCGCCCCCUCCGUCCCAACUCCGGGUCACAAUUCACACGCUUUUUCCAAUCUUCUCCGGUCAUUCGCAAGGGCAUCCACCCUGAAUCUCAAGACCCUCCUGCUCCUAACCCUCAAUCUGCACCCGUUGCCGGUGCCGCUGCUCAUAUCACUGAGCCAUCGCCGUUGACAGCUGAGGAGUACUACGAGUACUCCGAACAUUAUUUCAAUGUGCUUCUAGCCGAGGUGGAGAAGUCACAGGAGGAGGGUUCCGAUGUGGAGGCCGAGUACAGUGCCGGCGUCCUCAACAUCUCGGUCCCAGCAAUUGGCACCUACGUGCUAAACAAGCAACCACCAAACAAGCAAAUUUGGCUCAGCUCCCCGAUUUCCGGACCAAAGCGGUACGACUGGAUCGUCGAAGGCGACUAUAUGCACGAGAAGCAGGAUUCGCGACCCUUCGUCAAUGGACAAUGGAUUUACUUGCGUGAUGGAUCGAAUCUGACUGACCUGCUCAACUCGGAGUUGACGUUGCAUUUGCCUAAGGACAUCUACAGUGAGGUUAUUGAGUAG